CUACACGACGGACGCAACCGUCGAGUCUUACUACUUUUGACGGUUCAAACGACGAGACGAAAAUCCGUGCGCGAGAAUUCUGUUGUGUGUCAAGCAUUGUCAUCUUGAAGAAAUAAAGAAGUGCGCGAAAAUUUGUCGCGCAAAAACUUAAAGAAAGAAAAAUCAGUCGAAAAUUGAAAGCAAUAUUAUCUCGAGCGAGCCAUUGUAAAUUUAUGAAGAGCUAUGAUGAAAAUGUGGUAUCACAACGUCUAAACGAGACACGAACAGAAAAGACUUAGGUCAAAGUCGUAACACAUAUCGGUGGUGAACGAGAUCAAGAGUUGUGUGUGUGCGAGUUUGUAUAUUGCCUGUUGGACCUUUGUGGCUGCGCUGAAACGAGAAAGGACGAAGAGAGAUGGCGGGAAACGACAACCACGUUGCGCCGAAAGCUGCUGUGAGCCGAGCCGAGGACGAAGUGCUAUAUUCUGAUACAGCGGAAUGCAAGAACGUAAUAAUGGAUAAUUGCGACAUGAAAGACAAGAAUACGACGAAUGAAGAGAAAGAAGAGGAAGGAUAUUAUAAAAACGAGAUCAAAAUGGACCAAGCGCAAGGAUUGCAAACAACACAGAUGCAGGCGCAAGUGCAGCAAGCCGAUACGCAAGCUGGCAGAAAAGUCGAUACAAGCCCAGACCACACAUUGGAUUCUACAUUCAGUAAUCAAAGAGUGUACAAGAAAUCAUCACCGAAUAAUAAAUUGAUACUUUACCUAGCUAGUAGGGAUCUUAUUGUCAGCGAAGCCAAAAUCGACAAGCUUCAAGGUGUUCUUCUGAUUGAUCCUGAUUACUUACAGGAAAAAAGGGUGUUUGGUCAAGUUACACUAACUUUCCGUUACGGAAGAGAAGACGAAGAAGUAAUGGGCUUAAAAUUUUGUAAUGAAGCAGUCAUGUGUUUGGCACAAUUAUAUCCACCAUAUGUAGGAUCUGAUCAAGAAAGCAUAACACCAUUACAGGAAGCACUUGUUAAAAGAUUAGGACCCAAUGCCCACGCAUUCACAAUGGAAAUCACAUCAUUAGCCCCACCAUCUGUGCAAUUGGUACCAGCUAAGGAAUACAAUGGAGCACCUAUAGGUACCAGCUAUGAUGUCAAAGCUUACAUUGCGGAGCGGGCAGAUGAGAAAUUGCACCGUAAAACCACGGUCAAAAUGGGUAUUCGGGUAAUCCAGCGAAUCGCGAAGCCAGCUUUACCCUCGACUACUAUGUACAGCGUGCCUCUAACUCAAGUGCCAUCGAUCGGUUCGAAAAUUCAAGGAACAAGAGUGGAGUUUGCAGAAAAUGAAAUCAUCGAGGAUGAUGAAAAUAUAGGACCACGUGCAGCGGUGGAAAAGCCAUUUCUAUUAAGUGACGGUCGUAUUGGAUUGGAAGCAAGACUAGAUCAUGCGAUUUACGCUCAUGGAGACUCAAUUACUGUUCAUAUCAAUAUCAGCAACAAUAGCAGCAAAUCCGUAAGAAGGAUAAAGGUAUUUGUUGUACAACAUGUGGAUGUUUGUAUGUUCAGCAAUGGCAAAUUUAAGAAUGUUGUGGCCCUUGUGUCUUCGCAAGAAGGCUGUCCCGUCGGUCCAGGUAGUACUUUGAAAAAAUCUUAUACUCUCAGGCCUAUUAAAGGUUCAACCAAAAAUUGGAUCGCCUUAGAAGACAGCUACACGAAAACUGGAGCAACUUUGGCAUCAACUGUUCUUUGUCCUGGGAAUGGAACCGAUGAUAGGAAUGUCUUUGCCAUUUACGUAUCUUAUUAUGUAAAGGUCAAAUUGUUGAUCUCGGCAAUGGGCGGUGAAGUUUCUUUGAAACUACCGUUCGUUCUCAUGCACAGUAAUACAGAUCCAGACCUCGUAGGAUUCCCAUCUCCUAUUCGAGAACCACCGAAACAAUUUGAAAAGAAUAUAAAUGAGAUUACGGAGAGGAAACAAACAGGAAACAAACAGGAUAGCAAUAAUCACAGGACUAAGGAAAAUAAAUUAGAAGUUAUUAAAGAGCAGGAGAAGGAAUCGAGAGUGACUGAUGUGGACUUGAUAGAACAUUGUGAAGAAAGUGACAGUACCUGAGAAAGGGCGCAACGA